AGCCCCGCGGGCUCGAGGCGGCGCCACUCCCGGCUUGCUCGGCCGAGGGCUCAUGGGCUUGUUUUCCACCACCACCACCACCACCAGAAGUAUAGUGGUGGUGGUGGAAGACAGGCCCGUCAAAGGCGGCAUGUCGCUGGCGCGGAACGUGGCUCUCCUGCGCAGACGCGAGCUGAGGGCGAGCUCGACGCAGCACGACGAAGCAGGCGCGAGCCGCGAGCACGGCGCGGGCACGACGCCCGCCGCCCCCCCCUUCGACCUCACGGUGGGCGUCGUGCAGAGCCGCGCUCACGGGGGAGGAGUGCGGCGGCCGCUGCCAGGCGCCCGUGGCCGAGCCCGAGGGUGCGGUGGCGCCGCCUUUCCCCGAGGAGGCCGGGGGCCCCUGCGCGGUGCCGCCCCAACUCUCGCCCUGCGGCCGUGCCCGCGGGGCGCCGGCGCCGGCGCCGCACACGUGAGAUAGGCUGAGCAGCGAGCGCGCCAUGGGCCCGACAGCUCGCACCCCGCCCAGGAGCGCGUGGAUUUUUCUGUCGGGGUUCGAUCGCCGAUCCAUCGGCGAUGUACUGCCCAUUCCAGCUGGAUUUUUUCCCCGUGAGCCGGUCCCCCUUCGCUGGUAAGCCUCAGUUUUUGCUCCUUGGCGCAUCGUUUUUUUCAACCGCAUGCCUCAGUCAAGAGUUCGAGCUGACAGUGCGAGACGUCUCGACCAGCCUCGACCCACGCGAGCGGUUUGUUCUGUUCGCCUGGUGACGUGUAUGCAUGUGCUGUUCCUCCUGCGACAUGCAGACCUGCCGUUUUUAAUGUUUUUAAUGUUUUAAUUUGCUGGAUUUAGUAUUUAAUGUUUUUUGUGUACGCUCUCUCUCUUUCUGUUUCUGUCUCUCUCUCUGUCUUUGUCUUUCCUUCUUUCACUCUCUGCCUGUCUCUCUCUCUCUCUCUCUCUUUCUCCCCCCCUGCGGUUCUAGUCCAUCUCAUCCAGGCGAGCUGCCUCGAUCAGGGAAGUGCAGGAGCAGGUAUGGGGGGUUGGCGCUGACAUGGGGUUCCAUUUUUCGCCUUGUCGGCGCCCGUGGCGGCGUAAGUCUGGCCAGUCCGCUGGCAUGCGCUAAAACGCCAGCAGUAGCCAUGCCAGAAUCCGAGACUCUCUCUCUCUCUCUCGAAUGCGAACAUC